ACUCAACCCAGGAAGCAGAGUGAUGAGCUGAGAGGGCGAGCUCUUUAUAAGAGCGCCACAGAACCCCCAUCAACAGAACCAGGCCUGCUCCAUACCGACUGAUCCAGAUCCAGCACACCCCGUUCCAGCUCAGCUCGUCUUACCGCGUCUCGACCCAGCUCUGUUGGAGAUGAAGUUCUGCCGAAUCCACUGUGCCCUAGCCCUGCUGGGUCUGGCCCUGGCCAUUAGCAGCCAAGGAGCCGCCUCGCAGCCCGACCUGGACCUCCGCAGCCGCAGACUCCUUCAGAGGGCCCGUGCCGCCGGCAUGGCCACACAGGAGUGGAGUAAGCGAGCGGUGGAGGACAUUCUAUCCCAACUGUCCUUGCCUGAGGCGGAGGCCCAGGAAAGUGAGGUGUCCACGGCGGGGGCCAAAGAGGACCUGCGCAUGGAGCUGGAGCGCUCAGUGGGCAGCCCCAACAACCUGCCCCGCGAGCGCAAAGCCGGCUGCAAGAACUUCUACUGGAAGGGCUUCACUUCCUGCUGA